AUGAGUCAUAAUUGGCGAGACAAGGUGUACAACGAGGAAUGGGAAAAAGCAGAGACACGGCAUCAGGAAGCCAUGGGUCAAUGGCGAACAAUUGGAACGGAUGUUUCCGAGCUCAGGAAACAAGUUAAGGAAAUCCAAAAAGAUGAGAAGCGCAAGAAUAUGCUCGAGUGGCUUUGGGAGGGCGACAUUUCCGUUCAGUAUAGAGCUGCUCGCGAAAAAUACAGUAAAGGGACCUGCGAGUGGCUGGUUCAAGAAGGUGAGGGUUUCAAGUUGUGGGAACGAGAUCCCAAAUCUUUCCUAUGGCUUAAUGGAAAAGCCGGCUCUGGGAAAUCAAUUCUGAGCUCGUCUGUUAUCAAAUACUUGAAGGACCAGUACGAACAAAACCCGGAAACCGCGCUUGCAUAUUACUUCUUCAGCUUUGGCAAUCUGGAGCAACAGAAAGUGUCCGCCAUGCUCUCGUCGCUUGUGAAGGGAGAGGUCAAGAAGGAGCUGAUCGCGAAAGCAGAUGGAAUGUUCCAAUAUCUCAUUUGCCAGUUCGAAAUCCUCAAAGAUGUGGACUCGGAAGCACUGGUAGCCCCGACACUACAUCGCCUCCCUGACGGACUCGACGAGACAUACAACAGGCUGCUCCGAGACCUAGGCCGCAGGUUUCAAUCGCAAGUCCUGAGCUCGCUCAAAUGGCUAGUGCUAUCGAGAAGGCCCUUGCAUCUCGACGAAUAUGCCGAAAUUUUCAUCUUCCGUCCUGACACUGUUGCCAAGAUCGACGCGACGCGACCGAGCGGCUAUUUGACUCGGAAGCUGUUCUGCGACAUUUCUCUAGCCUUUUGA